AAGCGCCGCGGCACCGGCGCUGCCGUUUCCCGCCCCCUUCCUGCCUCGUCCCCCGGUGCCGCCGGCAGCGCUCGGGCCUGGAUCGCGACGCCAGGCCGCCGCGGUGCCCCGCUGAGCAGUUCUCUCUCUCCCUCUGUCUCCACCGACGGGCCGGGGAGCCUGCGCUGACUGAGAUACGCCUCUGAAAACCCUGGGGAGGUGGGAUGAACCCAGGCCUCCGCGGCAUCCCAGCCUGCUGAACAGCAAGUAAUUUAUACUCCUUCAGCCUGGCCUGACUUGGAGUGUAAACAAAUCACAUUGCAUCAUGGCGGCGGACUCCAUGGAAAUUGAUGAUGCUUUGUAUAGUCGUCAGAGGUAUGUUCUUGGAGACAUUGCAAUGCAGAAGAUGGCUCAGUCCCAUGUAUUCCUGAGUGGUAUGGGUGGUCUUGGUGUGGAAAUUGCUAAAAAUAUAAUUCUGGCUGGGGUAAAGGCUCUUACAGUUCAUGACACCAAGCAGUGCACGAAAUGGGAUUUGGGGAUCAACUUCUUUAUCCAUGAAGAUGAUAUUACCAGUCAAAGGAACAGGGCUGAGGCCACACUUCAUCGCAUUGCAGAGCUCAAUCCAUAUGUCCAUGUAGCAGCAUCAACUGUGCCACUAGAUGAAACCACAGAUCUGUCUUUUCUAAAGCAGUACCAGUGUGUCAUAUUGACAGAAGUAAGUCUGUUGCUGCAGAAGAAGAUUAAUGACUUCUGUCAUGCUCAGCAGCCACCUAUUAAGUUCAUCAGUGCAGAUGUAUAUGGAGUAUGUUCACGUUUGUUUUGUGACUUUGGUGAUGAAUUUGAAGUGCUGGAUACAACAGGAGAGGAGCCAAAGGAGAUCUUCAUUUCAAAUAUAACACAAUCAAAUCCUGGUAUUGUCACUUGCCUUGAAAAUCAUCCACAUAAGCUUGAAACAGGACAGUUCUUAACCUUUCGGGAAGUUAAUGGAAUGUCAUGUUUAAAUGGAUCCACACACCAAAUAACAGUAGUGUCACCUUAUUCCUUCAGCAUUGGUGAUACAUCAGACAUGGAGCCUUACUUACAUGGAGGCAUAGCUGUCCAAGUGAAGACACCCAAGAUGUUUUACUUUGAACGGCUGGAGAAGCAGAUAACCAGUCCAUUAUACCUUGUUGCAGAUUUUAGCAAGCCUGAGGCACCUUUGCAGAUCCAUGUUGCCAUGCUUGCCUUGAACCACUUCCAAGAGAACUUUGGUCGUGGACCAAACAUUGGAUGCCUUCAAGAUGCUGAGGAGAUGCUGAAAAUAGCUGUGUCUAUAAGUGAAACACUGGAAAACAAACCUCAGGUGAAUGAAGAUGUAGUUAAGUGGCUGUCUAGGACUGCUCAGGGAUUUCUAGCUCCUUUGGCUGCAGCAGUGGGUGGUGUUGCUAGCCAGGAAGUCUUGAAAGCAGUAACAGGAAAAUUUUCUCCAUUGCAGCAGUGGCUAUAUAUAGAUAUGUUAGACAUUUUAACACCUCUAGAAAAGAUGGGCUCUGAAGAAUUUCUUCCACGGGGAGAUAGGUAUGAUGCCCUGAGGGCUUGUAUUGGAGAGUCUCUGUGUCAGAAGCUGCAUGAAUUGAAUGUUUUCUUGGUUGGCUGUGGAGCGAUAGGCUGUGAAAUGCUAAAAAACUUUGCUCUUCUUGGUGUUGGUACUGGACAAGACAAAGGAUUGGUUACAAUUACAGAUCCAGACUUGAUAGAGAAAUCCAACCUGAACAGGCAGUUUCUUUUUCGACCUCAUCACAUACAGAAACCUAAAAGCUAUACAGCAGCAGAAGCAACUCUGAGCAUCAAUCCUUACUUAAAGAUUGACUCAUAUAUUAAUAAAGUUUGCCCAGCCACUGAGAACACUUACAGUGAUGAAUUCUAUACCAAGCAAGAUGUGAUUGUGACCGCUUUGGACAAUGUUGAGGCAAGGAGGUACAUUGAUAGUCGUUGUGUAGCAAACCUGCGUCCUCUUAUAGACUCUGGAACUAUGGGAACGAAAGGACAUACAGAAGUUAUUGUGCCUCAUCUGACAGAGUCUUAUAAUAGUCACAGGGAUCCACCAGAAGAAGAAAUACCUUUUUGCACUUUGAAGUCUUUCCCAGCUGCCAUUGAGCAUACAAUUCAGUGGGCAAGAGAUAAGUUUGAAAGUUCAUUUUCUCACAAGCCUUCAUUGUUUAAUAAAUUCUGGCAAACGUAUCCGUCCGCAGAAGAAGUUUUACAGAGAAUAAAAUCAGGGGAAAGCUUAGAAGGCUGUUUUCAUGUUAUUAAAACCCUCAGUAGAAGACCCCGAAGUUGGACUCAGUGUGUAGAACUAGCAAGAGUGAAAUUUGAGAAAUAUUUCAGCCAUAAGGCUCUUCAGCUCCUUCAUUCCUUUCCUCUUGAUACACGAUUAAAAGACGGAAGUUUGUUUUGGCAGUCACCAAAGAGGCCACCUUUCCCAGUGAAGUUUGAAUUUAAUGAUCCUUUGCACUAUGGUUUCAUUGUGAGUGCAGCAAAACUCUUUGCAACAGUAUACUGUGUUCCUUUCACAGAAAAGGAUCUAUCAGAGGAGACUAUUUUGAAGAUUAUUUCAGCUGUGAAGGUACCAGAGUUCAGACCUUCAAACAAAGUUGUACAGACUGAUGAAACUGCAAGAAAACCAGAUCAUAUGCCAGUCAGCAGUGAGGAUGAAAGAAAUGCAAUUUUCCAGCUGGAGAAGUCUAUACUAUCCAAUGAAGCUCUAGAAAAUGACUUGCAAAUGAAGCCCAUCUCCUUUGAAAAAGAUGAUGAUAGUAACGGACAUAUAGAUUUUAUAACAGCAGCAUCAAACUUACGUGCCAAGAUGUACAACAUUGAACCAGCAGAUCGGUUCAAAACAAAGCGCAUUGCUGGGAAGAUUAUUCCUGCAAUUGCAACAGCUACUGCUGCAGUAUCAGGGCUGGUUGCACUGGAACUCAUCAAAGUUGUGGGUGGCUACUCAGCUGAUGCAUACAAGAACUGUUUUCUGAACCUAGCCAUUCCCAUAAUGGUCUUUACAGAAGCUGCUGAAGUAAGAAGAACAGAAAUCAGCAGAAAUGGGAUAUCAUUUACUAUCUGGGACAGAUGGACGAUUUAUGGGAAAGAGGAAUUUACUCUGUUGGACUUCAUAAAUGCUGUCAGAGAGAAAUAUGGAAUUGAACCAACAAUGGUUGUGCAGGGAGUCAAAAUGCUGUACGUUCCUGUGAUGCCAGGUCAUAUUAAAAGGUUAAAGCUGACGAUGCAAAAACUUGUGAAACCAUCAGCUGAUAAGAAGUAUGUGGAUUUGACAGUAUCAUUUGCUCCAGAGACUGAUGGAGAGGAAGAUUUGCCAGGGCCACCAGUGAGAUACUACUUUGUUCAGGAAGACAAUUGAUGGUAGAGACACAAAAGUCUCUCCUGGACUAUUUAUUCUGAAAGGAGUAUGCUAAUUUUCAGCUAUUAAAGAUGGUACUAUAUAUUUCUUUUUGGUAAAGCCUUAAUUAAAACAAAUUGAAAAUAA